CUCACAGCAUAUAAGCAUCAUGAUAAACAGAAAGAUCCCUCUAGCAUCUUAUCUCUUCACACGCCUCAGACAAGCAGGUACAAGACGCGUAUAUGGCGUUCCAGGCGACUUCACCCUCCGAGCUCUCGACCAUCUACCGCGUUCAGGGCUCAAGUUUGUCGGAUGCUGCAAUGAAUUGGACGCCGGAUACGCAGCAGAUGGGUAUGCUCGAGCCCAACGUCAUCGCAAAGGAUCUGGAAUUGGAGCAUUGAUAACGACCUAUGGCGUUGGAGAGCUAAGUGCGGCUAAUGCGGUCGCUGGAAGUUAUGCGGAGUACUUGCCAGUUGUUCACAUCGUCGGAACGCCCUCGCGACGCGCAAGACAAGUUUCUUGUUCGUCUGUGGGCGGGAACAAACCACAUUUGCACAUUCAUCAUACGAUGGCGGACUCCAGAGUUGGGGUCUAUCGCGAGAUUGCGGAGAAGUUUACUGUUGCGCAGCUUGAUCUUGCUGAGACGACGGCGGAGGAGGUGCCGGCUCAGAUUGACAGGGUUCUGUCCCAGGCGCUACAUCAUAGCCGGCCGGUCUACAUAGAGAUGCCCUCAGAUGUUGUAGAGACGGAAAUAUUGUCAGACAAGCUGGAUGAUCCGAUAGACCCGAACCCCAACACGGUUCGAAACCUUGACGCUGGCAAAAUGGCACAGAAUCUCCUGCAGAAGCUCUAUUCAGCGAAGCGACCUCUUAUUCUAGUUGAUCGAGCUGAAGGUGCAGAAACCAUCAGGCAAGAAAUCAACGAAUUCGUUCAAAAGUCAGGCAUUCCUACAGUGUCUUUGCCAUCAGGAGCCAGCAUGGUGGACAGUUCGCUGCCCAACUACUUCGGCGUUUACUCAGGCUCUAUCGGAACGGUUGACCUGACGUCAGAAGUCAAGUCAGCGGACCUUAUAUUGGCCCUUGGAUGCCAAUUCUCUGAUACGCAAACCCUCGGUUGGGAGGUGUUACCAGAACGAAACGUCAUGACUCUCAUUGGCAGGAACCAUAUCGAGGAUGAGCCUGUCAACGUCCAACAUGUUCUCAAGAAGAUGUUUGAGGAGCUUGAUAGCACCCGGCUGCCACUCCAAGAUACAUCCUCAUGGGGAGACUUUCGAAACCAACCGCAGUUCGAGGUGUAUCCGAAGGCUUAUAUCAUCCAAGAUGAGUUCUAUAUCCACCUGAACAAACACCUACAGCCCAACGACACAGUCAUCCUCGGCAACGCGACACCAAUCAUAGGAGGCCGCGACUUGGUCCUCCCGCCAUCUUCCCAGCUGAUCGCAUCAGGAAUGUGGUUCUCAAUCGGUCACAUGCUCCCGGCCGCUCUUGGAGUCUCGCAAGCAAAGGCAGUCAUGAAGUCAAGAGGUCGGACGAUUCUUCUCGACGGUGAUGGGAGCUUCCAGAUGACGGCUCAAGAACUCAGCACUAUUAUUCACCAGCGUGCUAACGUGAUUAUAUUUAUUAUCAACAACAGCGGCUACACGUAUGAGAGGUAUAUCCAUGGAAUGAAUGAAGCGUAUAACGAUGUGGCGUCGUGGAACUAUAGUGCUGCCCCGCUGUUAUUUGGGGACGCGCCAGCGAAUUAUCCUAUUCAAUCUUGUAAAGUGAGGAAUAUGGAAGAAUUGGAUGAGGUUCUUAACUCCGAGGGUUUCAUCAAGGGCAAGGGUCUGACCCUUGUUGAUGUUGAGAUGGAUAUGUAUGAUAUCUCGGAAAAAGCCAAGGUUUUAUUUGAGUUGGCUGGAAAGCAGCUGUGAUAGAGUAUUUAGAGACAUCCAUAUGCGCCUGCUGAAAAAUAUCUAUCGCAGCC